CCCCGGGCAGCCUCCCCUGGGACCCAGCCGCCGCUCCGCCGCCCCAUUUUCAAGCGAAACCGCUGAUGACGCCGUUCCGCUCCUCUCGGCGACCCGGAAGCGCCGAGGCGCGGCCCGCCCCCUGACCCGGAAGCUCCUUCCCGCUGUCUUUCCGGUGAGGAGGCCGCCGCCGCCGGAGCCGGGCCGGGGCCGCCGCUGGGGGGUAGCCCGAGCCGGCCCUGGAAGGAGGAGAAAUGCAAGAGGAGGGAGAGUGAGAGGGGUAAGGAGCUCCCGGAGCUGCGAGGGUACGUUGACAUCUGUCUGAUACUAGACUGGUGAAUAGGAAGAAGGUCCCAUCUCUGGCCUGUUUGUGGAAGCUGGGAUGAUGAAGGCCCUGCAGUGGGAUCGUGCUGUGGUACAGGGUUGAAGCUCCAGCCCAUGUCUGGUAGUUAUAGAGCAAUUGGAAGGGUUACGAGCAGAGUUCUGGUAAAGAUGGAAGAAUCUCAUUUCAACUCCUCCCCGUACUUCUGGCCAGCAGUGCCCACCGUCUCGGGACAGAUUGAGAACACCAUGUUCAUUAACAAGAUGAAGGAGCAGCUAUUGCCCACAGAGAAGGGCUGCAGCCUGGCUCCCCCUCACUACCCUGCCUUGCUGACAGUCCCCACCUCUGUGGCGCUGCCCACUGGUAUCUCCAUGGACUCGGACACCAAGCCGGAGCAGCUGACACCACACAGCCAAGCCCCCGUGACUCAGAACAUCACCGUGGUACCAGUGCAGUCUGCUGGGCUCAUGACAGCAGGUCCUGGUCUGGUGAUAACUUCCCCGUCAGGUUCUCUGGUGACCACAGCCGCCUCUGCCCAGACCUUUCCCAUCUCAGCUCCCAUGAUUGUCUCUGCGCUACCCCCUGGCUCCCAGGCAGCCCUGCAGGUGGUUCCAGACCUGUCCAAGAAAGGGACAACCACCCUUGCUGAAGGUGGUGGGGCUGGGGGAGUUGCCCCCAAACCACCCCGGGGCCGCAAGAAGAAACGAUUGCAGGAGUCGGGGCUGCCAGAGAUGAGCGACCCCUUUGUGCUGACAAACGAGGAUGAUGAGGACCAGCACAAGGAUGGCAAGACAUACAGGUGCCGGAUGUGUUCGCUGACCUUCUACUCCAAGUCGGAGAUGCAGAUCCACUCCAAGUCCCAUACGGAGACAAAGCCACACAAGUGUCCUCACUGCUCCAAGAGCUUCGCCAACAGCUCCUACCUGGCCCAGCACAUUCGUAUCCACUCAGGGGCCAAGCCCUACACGUGCAGCUACUGCCAGAAGGCCUUCCGCCAGCUCUCCCACCUGCAGCAGCACACACGGAUCCACUCCAAGCUCCACACGGCGAUUGUCAAGCCGCACAAGUGUCCUCACUGCUCCAAGAGCUUCGCCAACACAUCCUACCUGGCCCAGCACCUCCGCAUCCACUCGGGGGCCAAGCCCUACACCUGCCGCUACUGCCAGAAGGCCUUCCGCCAGCUCUCCCACCUGCAGCAGCACACACGUAUCCACACCGGGGACCGACCCUACAAAUGUGCUCACCCUGGGUGUGAAAAGGCUUUCACCCAGCUUUCCAAUUUGCAGUCCCACAGACGGCAGCACAACAAAGACAAACCUUUCAAGUGCCACAACUGCCACCGUGCGUACACGGAUGCUGCCUCGUUGGAGGUACACCUGGCUACGCACACGGUGAAACACGCCAAGGUCUACACCUGCUCCAUCUGCAGCCGGGCCUACACCUCGGAGACGUACCUGAUGAAGCACAUGCGGAAACACAACAUCCCUGACCCACAGCAGCAGGUGGUUCAGGCACAAGCCCAGGCCUCGCAGCAGCAGCAGCACUUCCAGCCGCAGGGCGGGGGGGCAGCAGGGGGCCCUUCUGGAGACACUAACCAACCCAACCCUCCCCCCCAGUGCUCCUUUGACCUGACUCCUUACAAGACUUCAGAGCAUCACAAGGACAUCUGCCUCACUGUCAGCACCAGCGCCAUCCAAGUGGAGCACCUCUCCAGCUCCUAGAGAGACCUCAACCCAGGGAGCAGAACGCCUCUUGUGCAUAGCCUGUGCCAGGGGCACCGCUUGUGCAGCGGCCCUCCUCGUGCAACAGUUUCCAGCCUCUCCUCCUGCAGCAGCCUCUCCUGGCUGUGUAACCCUGUUCAUGGCAGCCCCUUGCACAACAGCCUGUCUCAAGGGGGUGCUCCUUCUGUGCAACAGCCUGCCUGGUAGGAGGAUGCUUCCUUGUGCAAGAGCCCCUUUCCUGUGCUGGGAUCACUUCCUCAUGCAAGAGCCCCUCCUUUGAAACCCAAAGAAAGGCCCCUGUUUUGCCUUCUCUCUCACUGUA